CGCCUCAGCGCCCGCAGCCACCGCUAGCUUUCUGCAGUGUUAUGAGUUGAGUACAACUGAAGUGCUGGGAAUGCAGCCACCUCUCCCACCUGAAGCGGUCAGAGAGCUGGUGUGCUCCUGUCUGCACAGAGACCCGGUCGCAGCAGACCUCCGCUGCAGCCUGUUUGUUGCAGCUGCACAGAACUACAAGAGGGACUCACUGCUUCGACCGUUUCCUCCCAGAUACAUAAGUGGUGACAAUAAAGACUUUGAGGACUUGUUGGCAGAUGUGAACUCUUUCCCUGGUGUGCGGGAUUUGGUGAGACUGCGACCUGGUGAGGGAGAUCAUCAUUUGGCUCUCGCUCACUGGAUUCUGUCUUCAAAGAGCUUCGCUGUGAAGACUCUACAGAAAGAUGAGUAUGCCAAACUUUGUAACUUGAUGGAAAACGGAGGCGUUUCUGCGCCUGCGCCAGACUUCCUGUUUGAGCUGGAGUACUGUGACCAGAUGAAUGCGAGGUUCGAGAGGACGAGAGCGGGCAGAGAUGUCUUCUACGCAUUCCACGGGAGCCGACUGGAGAACUUUCACUCAAUCAUUCACAACGGGCUGCACUGUCACCUCAACAAGAACUCUGUGUUUGGAGAGGGGACCUACCUCACCAGUGACCUCAGCAUGGCCGUUCUUUACAGCCCCCACAGCAGCGGUUGGCGAGAAAGUCUCUUGGGUCCGCUGCUCAGCUGUGUUGCCUUAUGUGAAGUCAUUGAUCACCCAGAUGUAAAGUGCCAGGUGAAGAAAAAAGACUCUGAAAUCGUUGACCGUCAACGCUCGAGGGCAAAAAACAGCGAAGGAGGCGACGUGCCACAGAAAUACUUUGUGGUCACCAAUAAUCAACUUUUACGAGUCAAGUACCUGCUCGUUUACUCUCAGAGGAGGCACCUGUCCAGACAUUCCCGCAGCACCUCCUGGCUCCUUAGACACCAUUUUGCUCUCAUGAUGAGUCUCUACCUUCUGCUGCUCAUAUUUCUCGGUGCCUUCAACUCCACCACCUUCGUAUCCUUUUGGAACAGGCUGUUCAGGUGACAAGACAACAGGACAGACGGCCUGGAUGUGGCUCCACUGUGCCUUCCUGAUCAGAGACUGACCGGAGGCCUGAGCAGCAAUUUUAUGCACCUUUUUAUACUAUUUCCUCUCCAAAAUCUUUCCUUUCAUUUGUACAAAUAGUUAUCAUUACUGUUACACCAAGAUAACGAAGGGUAUCUUUUCAAAUAGCAGCAUUGUAUUAAUUUCAUUAAAAUGUGCAAUGAGACAUUUUUCAUUUUAAAAAUGUAAUGCAAUGUUUCGACCUUAAUUGUUCUGGUUUAGUAAACAUCCUCAUCAUUUUGUAGUUGCUGUGGGGUCUGAGGACAGUUUAAGUAACCAAAGGGGGAAAAACAAAGAACUUUACAUUAAAAUAAUCUUGUUUAAUUAAGUAAGAAAGGUUGGGACAAACAUUUAGGUGUUUUUUUUUUGUAGCACAUUAACUGAUGGUACUGGGUCAUUAGUGUAACUGGUGCCUAUAAAUGCUUCCUAAAUGCUUAAGUUUGUACUACUCGGUUUAUGGGAGAUGAAUGAGUAAGGACUUUUUAUAACUCAUGAUUUAAGUGUAACUUUACGGUAUUUAACAUCAUAUCUAGGUUUGAUGAAGGAAAAAUACAAGAGGUGGCCUUUCUGGUGAUUCUAACAUACAGUAAGGCUGAAUCCAAAUGCCGACUCUCUGGACUUGUGGACAUUGUUACGUUCACUGUUGUCAUGUCAAGUCUGUGAGGGUGCUGGCUUUGCAAGGAGGUAAAAUGCGCUUGGAGACCUCUAUCAUUUUCAUGGAGAUAAAUUGAAAUUCCCAACCUCAUUUCAAAGUGAUUUUCUGAGCGGCCCCUGACGGUUUUUGAUAUGUGUGCGUCUGCUGAUUUACUCUCAAUGAAUCUGGUGGGAACACUCGGUGAGGAUUUCCCUUUACAUGCUAAACAUUGCUAAUAUUCACAUUAAAUCCUCGUUGUGGAGCUUCACAUUAUAGAUGG